UACUCUUAUUCCUGACCUCAUUAGUCAGAUCCAGAGCAAACGCUGCUUUGAACUGUUAGCUAGAGAGCUGCUGUAGGUAUUUCAAAACAUGUUGGGAAGCGAGAAAACCCUGACCUGUGCACCUUGCAAUAACGAUGUAGGGUUCCUGCAGAGGACCAACAGCCUGGAAGACAAAGGCCGGAUCGUCGGCUCCCUGAAGGAGCGGCAGUCUUCCAAGAACCUGCUGGCGUGCGAGAACAGCGAGCGGGAAGCCCGGUUCCGCCGCACCGAGACGGACUUCUCCAACCUGUAUGCCCGAGAUUUGCUGCCCGCUAAGAAUGGUGAGGAGCAGACCAUGCAGUUCCUGCUGGAGGUCGUGGACAUACUCCUCAACUACGUGAGGAAGACGUUUGACAGAUCCACCAAAGUGCUGGACUUUCACCAUCCGCACCAGCUGCUGGAGGGCAUGGAGGGCUUCAACCUGGAGCUAUCGGACAACCCCGAGUCCCUGGAGCAGAUUCUGGUGGACUGCCGGGACACGCUUAAGUACGGGGUGCGGACAGGUCACCCGCGCUUCUUCAAUCAGCUGUCCACGGGCCUGGACAUGAUCGGCCUGGCGGGGGAGUGGCUGACAUCCACCGCUAACACCAACAUGUUUACGUAUGAAAUUGCCCCCGUUUUUGUCCUCAUGGAACAAAUAACACUUCGAAAGAUGAGAGAGAUUAUUGGAUGGUCGAAUAAAGAUGGUGAUGGAAUAUUCUCACCUGGAGGAGCCAUCUCCAACAUGUACAGCAUAAUGGCCGCACGUUACAAGUAUUUCCCUGAAGUCAAAACCAAAGGCAUGGCUGCAGUCCCUAAACUGGUUCUCUUUACCUCAGAACAUAGUCACUACUCAAUAAAGAAAGCUGGAGCUGCACUUGGAUUUGGAACAGACAACGUAAUUUUGAUCAAGUGCAAUGAAAGAGGCAAAAUAAUACCAGCUGAUUUGGAAGCAAAAAUUUUGGAAGCAAAACAAAAGGUU